AUAACUGUAACCCUCUCAUAACUGUUAAACAUUUGGAGGAUAUACAGAGAGCCAUGGUUGACUUAUCAGUAGGGUUGUUGGUGUUGUUUUCUCUCCAGGGCUCAGCGCUCGCCUCCCAAAAUGGCUCUGCGCCCUUCCUGCGGACUUUUUCUGGACACUUUGUGAUGGUCACUGAUGAGCCUAUAGACUAUGUUGACCUGUCUGUGUUAGACAGUUUGAAGGAUGACGGGGGUUCUGGUUCAGGAUGGGAGCAGGAACCAGUUAAAAAACAUGGUCCACACCGCCAACCCCGGAAGCAUUAUUUUGUCUCAGAUGAAGCUAAAAGUUUCCUCCAGGGUCGCCUGGCAACAACCUUUGUCCCAACAGUCUACACCCUCGUUCUUAUCAUCAGCGUGCCCCUUAAUGUUGUUGCUAUGGUGAUGUUUAUGCAUCACAGCCGCCCCAGAAAACCGGCGAUCAUCUACAUGCUGAACUUGGCCUGUGCUGACCUGUUGUUCGGCCUGCUCCUUCCCUUCAAGAUCGCCUACCAUUACCAUGGCAACAACUGGAUCUAUGGCUCCUUCAUGUGCAGAGUUGUCACAGCAGCUUUCUACUGCAACAUGUACUGCUCCAUCCUGCUCAUGACGUGCAUCAGCAUUGACCGAUUCCUGGCAGUGGUUUACCCCAUGAACUCGCUGACGUGGCGCAGCCCUCAGACAGCUUCAGCUGUGUGUGCUGCUAUGUGGUUGUUGGCCCUUGGAGGCGUUUCCCCUCUCCUUAUCUCUGGACAAACCAUUUAUUUGUCAGAUUUGGGCAUCACCACCUGCCAUGAUGUUCAGGAUGUGGAAGAAUUACAAGCUUACUAUCUUUAUUUCUUCCCCAUCUAUUCUUCCAUCUUCUUCUUCAUCCCUCUUGUCUUCACUGCUGUCUGUUAUGUGCGUAUCAUUCAGGCUCUGGCAGCGGCCAACGUUGAGAACCGCUCUAGAAAGACUCGAGCUGUGGUGAUGGCUGCGGUCGUGCUGGUCGUGUUUGUAGUCUGCUUUGCCCCCACCAACAUCAUCCUGAUGGUUCACUACGUUCAGCUGUCCCACAAGUCCAGCGACAGUUCUUACCAAGCAUACCUGCUCUCCAUGUGUGUAGGCAGCCUCAGCUGCUGUCUGGAUCCAGUCUUGUAUUACUUUGCCUCCUCUCAGUGCCAGAAGCAGGUGGCAGCACUGCUCAGGUGUAGGCAACCAGAACAAGCAGCAAGCAGCUCUCGAACACAGAGCACAAGGACCAGCGGGCGGAGAGACAGCGUCAAGUCAUACAAGAUGGAGAGCGUUCAAACUAACCCGGGGAGCCAGUACAGCAGGCUGGUGGCUUAGUGACAUUGGGCCUGCUUCUGAAAGACUUUCAAACUUGGACCUUUAUUUAAACCUUUACCAAGUAAAUUCUGGAUCCAAAAAGUUUUUCCAGUGCCUCUUAAUGCUGGACUUAUUUGCGCAAAAUUUGCUUCUUUGAUGAAUUACAUUAAAGGUCCAGUGUGUAGGAUUUAGGGGGAUACGCUGGCACAAAUUGACAAGCCUAUAAUACAUGUUUUCUUCAGUGUAUAAUCACUUGAAAUCAUCCACAAAGGUUGCCAUGUUGCACUGCCAUGUUGCUGUAGUAGUCCAGACUGGACCAUUUGCCAAUUUGCAACAGCCACAGAAGUUAUCAGCCCCUCCACAAUGAGCCAAACAGCAAUGGGGGGAAAAAGUUUUAACAUGAAACUGCUGUAUUCUGUGUUUUUACCGGUUUAAAUCAUGGGUCUGUGUUCUGAAGACGAAGAGACCUCUGCAGAUAAUUCAGCUUCCAGUAAAAAACUUCUAAAUGUCUGGAUCUUAAGUUAUCCCAGAAAAAAGGUGAACGCACAUUAGCAAGUGCUGGGCUAGUAUCCUGUCUGUGAUGAGACAGUGUUUUUAUGGUUUUAACAAUCAAGUCUCUUUGUUUAAGAGAGCAAGAAACCUCUGAAGAUAAUUCAGCUCCCACUAAAAACUUCCUGAACAAUAAAUGCUUAAGGUGUCCUAACAGGGAGUUCCCGCUUGGCACAUGGGAGAAGUUUCAGCUGGUUGCAGUCAGUAAUCUUUACCACUAGAUGACACUAAAUCCUACACACUGCUCCAUAAAAUAAA